AUGAGUCAUAAUGAAGAUGAAGGAUAUGGAGGAACCAAAGAGGAUGCUCCUCAUGAAGAACAUAACACGUCACCUUCCUCAUCAUCAUCUUCACCGUCCCCCGAAUUCUCUUUCACCGUCUCACUCCGGACUUGUAGUUCAUCUUCAGAUAUUCUCCUCUCCCCGAAUGGUAAGACCAAAUCUUUCGCUGUGGAUCUCUCUCCUGCAGAUGAUAUCUUCUUCCAUGGCCACUUGCUCCCCCUUCAAAUCCUCUCUCAUCUCCCCAUCUCUCCUCGCUCCUCCGCUCAUUCCCGCGACGCGGCAAUCCUUCCAAAAGAGAGAUUCAACGGCCAAGAAAACACCCAAGAACAUGACAAGAACCCUUCUUGCUCCGAUGGGGACACCGUUCUUGAAAAACACGACGGGAUGAAGUCGAGAUUUUCGUUUAUGCUGUCUAGUUUGUUGAAAUGGAGAAAAGGGUCGGAGCCGAAAGGCGGAGAAAAGGGCAAGAAAGCAAGUCAGAAGAAACGGCAGAGAUUCGAACUCAACGGCGUAUUGAAGCGGUGCACGACAAUGGUUAAACAAACGGUUCUCUUCCACGGAAGAAACGAGACGAAGGCCGAGAAAACACGUCUCGAGAGGGAAGACUAUCGUUCGUACUCGGGGAAUCUAAGCUUGAGGCACGAUAUAAUCGAUCUGAGAGGGAAUAGAGGCGAGUAUUCUGCACCGGUUUCCACAAGAACGUCGCCGACAAACAGAGGCCUUCUCGUGCCGAUAACAAGGCUUUCUUCUUCGGCAAGCGACAGCUCGGUGGAAGAGCUGCAUGCUGCAAUUGAGGCAGCUAUUGCUCACUGCAAGAAGUCUUUUGCUAUUGACGAAAAAAGCUCAAUGAAAUCAGAAAAUGCAGCCUGA